ACUGGUUUUCAACAUUUUACUCAACUUACGAGUACAGGGGUGAGGGUAUACGUUAUAACGUGGUUAUAUUUUCCGCGAUUCAGGUUUUUUCGUCUUUCAUUGGCUAGAACAGUGGCGGUCAAUUGGAGUUUGAAUUGUCCUUGGGUGCGUGCUGUCGGGUGCUGUCUUGGCGUGGUUGUGUUUGCGUCGUCUGCCAGUAUAUGUGAUGACUAUAAACGUGAAUUAGACUAUUUUAACGCUUUGUUUUUCUUUGUUUGUGCAUGUACUAGGCUUUGUGUGUCGUACAAUUCGUUGUUUGGUCUUGCGAUGUCAACGAACCGUCCGUUGCAGGUAGUAAAUUCGAGUGAAAGGAGCACAGACUUAAGUGGAAUUUUCGGUGAAUUAAUACUUGGAAGGCGUUUCUUGAGCUGGGAUGAAUUUCAGAAGUCAUUGGCAGAAUUCCAAAAAUUGUCCUGCACUCACUAUGUUCAUACUUAUAGCAAAACGAUACCGGAUGACAGAUUUAAGUACGCUUUUGUUGGUUUUAAAUGCACUUUUGGAGUGAAUCGCACAAAACCUGGAUUGAAAUUGAAAUAUAAGUCGUCUAAAUGUUGCAAUUGCUCGUCUUCAUUUCGCGUGGUUUUGCGUAGUAGUGAAUUCAUAAUUGCUUCCCACAAUAUGGUACAUAACCAUCUAUGCAGCAGGGUGUACAUGCAGAAUGACCGACACUUGCUUUUGGUCCACUUCAGAAAGCCGUAUUUCACAGUUAACCAUGUGAUGCAGAAUUGCAAACAAUGGGCGUGGUCACGCGACUUAUUCGCAUCUCAAUGCACGUCAGCUGUUGUCCUUCGAAAUCGAAGUGCCGCAUUCGAAAGCUAUAUAAGCAUUGUGAAUAAGGGCUUGAGGAAAAUUCAUGACGAAUUUGGAGAAGUGUUUGCCAGGAAUUAUGUAGUAGAAGUAGUCGCAGGAAUCAAUCGUACUCUGAAUAUGUAAAUAAACUGAAUUUGUAUCAUAAUUAAAAUACAGUUUUCAUGUCAAUCUUGUUGUCUUUCGAUUCAUGUGUUCCCUUAUUGAGCACGGCAUGCUAGACCGGUGCUCUCUAGGACUUUAAGUAUACGUAAGUGUAAUUGCGUAGGAACGAUGUCGGUCGUCAUGCGUCAUAGUCAUAUAGAAGUCUUUAGGGACAAAUGACAAUAGUAGGCAUAACUUAGGCACUGCAUUCGAGUUCCAGUUCUUAUACGGUUACGUGUAUUCUAAAGUAUU